CUUGACCAUGUUAAAGCCAGAUCUUGGAGAGCAAAGGUGACUGCUUCUGGGUGCUGUGUCUUAAACUUCAAGUUUCUUAUCUGCCUCCUGGUGCAGUUGUUUCCCUCUCUUGGAAGAGCACUGCCACUGGGCAAGUAGCUAUUAAUGGAAGAACACGGGGUGACCCAAACAGAGCACAUGGCCACCAUCGAGGCCCACGCAGUGGCCCAGCAGGUGCAGCAGGUCCAUGUGGCCACCUACACAGAGCACAGUAUGCUGAGUGCGGAUGAAGACUCGCCAUCUUCGCCGGAGGAUACGUCCUAUGAUGACUCGGACAUCCUCAACUCUACGGCUGCCGAUGAGGUCACCGCCCACCUGGCUGCAGCAGGCCCUGUGGGAAUGGCAGCAGCUGCUGCUGUGGCAACGGGUAAAAAACGAAAGCGACCACACGUUUUUGAAUCCAACCCGUCGAUCCGCAAGAGGCAGCAGACGCGUUUGCUACGGAAGCUCCGAGCCACGCUGGACGAGUACACCACCAGAGUGGGGCAACAAGCCAUCGUUCUUUGCAUCUCCCCCUCCAAGCCCAAUCCUGUGUUUAAAGUAUUUGGUGCUGCACCCUUGGAAAAUGUGGUACGCAAGUACAAGAGCAUGAUUCUGGAAGACCUGGAGUCUGCGCUAGCAGAGCACGCCCCUGCACCUCAGGAGGUUAACUCGGAGCUACCGCCCCUCACCAUUGACGGCAUUCCUGUCUCAGUGGACAAGAUGACCCAGGCACAGCUGCGAGCAUUCAUCCCUGAAAUGCUGAAGUACUCCACAGGUCGCGGGAAGCCAGGCUGGGGCAAGGAGAGCUGCAAGCCCAUCUGGUGGCCUGAGGAUAUUCCAUGGGCUAACGUUCGCAGUGAUGUCCGCACGGAGGAACAGAAGCAGCGGGUGUCAUGGACCCAAGCGUUGCGGACUAUUGUGAAGAACUGCUACAAGCAGCAUGGGCGUGAGGACCUGCUUUAUGCAUUUGAGGAUCAGCAGACACAACAGCAGACCACAGCCACACAUAGUAUAGCACACCUGGUGCCAUCACAGACAGUGGUACAAACCUUCAGUAACCCUGAUGGCACCGUGUCCCUCAUCCAGGUUGGCACUGGUGCUACAGUUGCCACGCUGGCUGAUGCCUCAGAGUUGCCUACUACAGUUACCGUUGCACAAGUCAAUUACUCUGCAGUGGCUGAUGGAGAGGUGGAGCAGAACUGGGCAACGCUACAGGGGGGCGAGAUGACUAUCCAGACAACGCAGGCAUCAGAGGCCACGCAGGCAGUGGCAUCAUUGGCAGAAGCAGCGGUGGCAGCGUCGCAGGAGAUGCAGCAAGGAGCAACUGUUACUAUGGCACUCAACAGUGAAGCAGCCGCCCAUGCAGUAGCCACGCUUGCUGAAGCCACCCUUCAAGGUGGAGGGCAAAUUGUCCUAUCUGGUGAAACUGCAGCAGCAGUGGGAGCGCUUACUGGAGUCCAAGAUGCCAAUGGCCUCGUCCAGAUCCCCGUCAGCAUGUACCAGACGGUGGUGACCAGCCUGGCGCAGGGGAACGGCCCGGUGCAGGUGGCGAUGGCGCCCGUCACCACGAGGAUAGCAGACAGUGCCGUCACCAUGGACGGGCAGGCGGUGGAAGUGGUGACCUUGGAACAGUGACGAUGCCCAGGGCACGAUCAUGGUGAUUUUUUUUUUUCCUCGUCUCUUAUGCGAAUAAUUUUUUACGCCUCUCCAGAGAUGCAAUCAGGUGGCAUGGAGUCUCCCAGCUUUGGAAGCAGAGGUUUUGUUAACCUUUUUUUUAAAGGAAAAAAAAAAUAGCAGCGGAUGUGUGUUAAGUGCAUUUUUAUAGCGCCACUCUGAUCUCGGAGGAGUGAGAAGCCAAAUUGUGACGGGACUUUCAUUCUGAGGAGAUUUAAAAAAACAAAGCGAAACAAAACGGCCCCCGCACGCCCCCAGCGCCCUUGGCGGCCGCCCGGCUCACGGGGCCGCCGGCGGCUUCGGCGGCGCCUCCCGGCCGCGGCCCUCCGCGCUUCGCCAAUUAGGUUUCAAAGAUUUUAACGUGGACUUUUCUAUGAAAUAACUCAAAAAAAAAAAAAAAAAAAAAAAAGGAAGGAAGAGAGUUUGGAGAAGGCUCCCCUGCGGGGCGCGGAGGAAACGGCGCCUCGGAGGAGCGCCCGCGAGGCCGGGGCGAGCCGCCGCGGGGCACCCGGGGCCCUCCGCUGACUCCUCCGCUAUUGCACCCUACCUGCCAUUUUAGAUCUUCGUUGUUGUUGUUGUUGUUGUUAUUAUUUUUUUUCUUCCCGUUCGUGGGUUUAGAACAGGAGUGGGAAAGUCUCGAGCGGGGGCUCUGGCUGCAGCGGGGAGGGAGGGAGGCGACGGCGCGGGGACGCUCCCGCCGUCCUGCCGCGCUCCCGCGCUCCGGCCGCGCCGCGUUCCCGCCCCGGGGCUCCCUUCGGAAAGGAGCCGUCCCCGGUCCCCGCGCCGGGACCCGCGGCACCAGCACUCGACCCAGGACCCGUCUCCUUCCCCGGCGCGGCUCGGCCACGGCGGGGGCCAUCGCUGCCGGGGGACCCCCCCCGGAGCCGCCCGCUCUGCGGACAGCUCCGAGCACAGCCCUGCUUUUACCCGCUUUUACCCCAAAACCCUCGCUGGAGGGAAAGGCCCCUGGGGCAUCGCUGGGGACUGAUUUUACUUGACUUUCCGAUGGGCCAAACCUUUGCUUCCCGAAAACGCCCCCUUCCUCCGUCCCUCCCUCCCUCCUAGCCGAGCUCCUUCCCUUCUCGGCCGCGGCCCCGCAGCGUGUGCAGUUGUGCAUGGUAUUUAAUUUUUUUUUUAAUAUUAUUUUUCAAGUGGCCAUUAACAAAGUUCUCCACGUCUUGCUCCGCCUUCGAAGAAGUUUUCAGAUUCUUGUAUUUACUUGUUUUAUAUGGAAAAUAUCAAAUGUUCUUUGUAUACAUUUCUUCUGUACUUUAACGAGGGGAGGGGAAUAUUUCCAUAGAAACAGUCCUGGUUCUCCAGUUUGUUAUUUUUUUAAUUAUUAUUUUUUAUUGUCGUUGUGAAGAUUGUCGGUGGCUUUAAAGUCCGUGUUUCUUUGGCGAUGAAAACCCGUUCUUUUAGUCUGAGAGAUUUUUUUGCCCCCUUUCCCUCCCCCAGAACAGACAGCCCCGGUCGCGUAGCAGAGCAUGGACCCCGUUGUUCUCCCCGUGUCUCUUACUGCCUCAUUCAAUAAAUUGUUACAAACGUG